GUACCUGCACCCAUACUCCAUUAGCUUCAGUGAAAGGAGGAGGGAAAGAGCUCAGCGCAGCUCUGCUUACAGGCUGCCCUUGGGUGAAAUUUUGGUAACCCGAGUUAAAUAUUAAACAGCAGUUUCAACAUUUUUUCUUCCAUCGCACUAAUUUGAGAGAGUGGGGACUGCUUCACAGACAGCAAUGGCCAGCUACAGCGUGGAUCCAGGCCCUGAAAGUUUUUCAAAUCUCCAGAGCCAAGUGAAUGAUGUAAAAGGAAUCAUGACACAGAAUAUAGAAAAGGUUCUGGACAGAGGAGAGAAGCUGGAUGACCUCAUCAUUAAAACAGAUGAUCUCCAAGCUACAGCUGAUUCUUUUCAGAAAACAUCCACAAAAAUCGCAAGGAAGAUGUGGUGGAAAAACACAAAAAUGAUGAUUAUCCUUGUAGUAAUCGUGGUUAUAAUCGUCAUCCUCAUCAUCCUCCUUGCUACUGGUGUUAUCCCAACAUAAGUCUGCCUGACUCCCACUGCCAGGACUAGUUUCAAUCAAUUUCAUUGUGUAAAUAUAUAAUGCAUUUUUUUCUCUGGUAUGUGUAUUAAAUACUAUAAAUUAUCAGCUUUCCAAGCUGAUGUAUGUAAAAUAUUUUUUUAAUGGGUGAUACAACUACUAAUAUUUGAAAUAACAUUCCCAGAAGUGUAGAUAGCUUUAUCAAUAUUACGUACUGUACAUGCCAUUUGAAAUCCUUGUAAGACCUAUUGUCCCUUCUCCCCGUGUAAAUUUCCUUCUCAAUGAUUCAGAUACUUUAUUGUCACAUGUACCUAGUACAGUGAAUGCAUAGAACUUGGUAAAAUCACACAGCAGACCUCUCCUUGGCAGUACACAAGUGUCUGGCGCCGACAAUUUCCUCAUCAAUCUGCAUAAUUGUAUUACUGAGAUAAAUGUUACAGUGCAAUUGAACUACAGUUUUCAUUUCCACACAGGAGUAUAGCAUAGGCCCAGUCAUCAUGAUAUCCCUUGGCAAGCACUUUCCAGUAGGGAGCAUUGGAAAGUACACAAAAGCACAGAAAAGAUAUCAAGCACAAUUGCUGCAGCCUAAUUUCUAACCCAGUUAAAGUCAAUUGAAUUUACAGAACAUGCCUGUUGCAGGUCUAGGGAGGAAAACAUUUUCAUUCAUCAUAUCCAUGAAUAUUGUUUUUUAGAACUGUUUCUUUCUCUUUACCCACUGAGAUGUAUAAUAGCUGAUUUCUAGUGUGUUGUUACAGAACUGGUAGGUGGAAGAGAUAUGUAAAGAGAAACAAGAGUAGCGAAGGAAGAAAACAUCCAGCAAUGAUACAUUAUAACUUUGGAUCAAACCUCGUGCAGGAUCUUACCAAACAAAUAUGAACUUGGCUUCAUUGUUUCAAUAGAUUUCUUGGCGUAAGCAAAAUGGAAUUAGGAAGGGGAGAUAGUAAACAGGAAGAAUAAUAAAAAAAUAAUCUGGAAAUGUAUAACUUUAAAUAGAUACAUUAUAAUCCAGUUUAUUUAGCCUACUUGUUCAGUCACCUCAUUUAUAAAAUAGAUUAUUAUUGUAGAGAAGAUCUUAAGGGUUGCUUCAAUGUCAAAUAAAUCUUAAGAACAAGUUCAAGUUCAAGUGAGUUUAUUGUCAGGUGUCCCUGUAUAGGACAAUGAAAUUCUUGCUUUGCUUAAGCACACAGAAAAUAGUAGGAAUUUACUAAACAGAUAAAUGUGUCCAUAUACCAUGAUAUAAAUAUAUACACACAUGAAUAAAUAAACUGAUAAAGUGCAAAUAGCAGAACAAGUCACAUAGUUUGUGGAUGGUAACUGAAGUGACUUUAAUAAGUGUUAAAUCCGUAUCUGGGUUGAAAGAUGUUCUCAGCCUGUAACAUGACAAAGCCAUUAAAUCAAGGACGAGGCGCUCCUCGGCCACUACCUCGCCCAUUUGGCAGAAUGUAUAGAAGUGUGAAAACAAACACCUCCCCAUCAGGCAACUGAGCCAUCCUACCAAUGACUAGAGCAGCCCUGAGCUACUAUCUAUAUUAGUGGAGAUCCUCGGACUAUAUUUGACCAAACUUUACUAGAUGUUUUUCUUGCACUAAACAUUAUUCAUGUUAUUCCCUUUAUCAUGUAUCUGUACACUGUGGAUGGCUCGAUUGUAAUCAUGCAUUGUCUUGCUGAUUGGUUAACACGUAACAAAAGCUUUUCACUGUACCUCGGUACGCAUGACAAUAAAAUAACUUCAAAAUGGAAAUGCAAACAUUUUGAAGCAAUAUGCUACAAUGGUACAUAUAAGAUAAUACCAAGUCAAAACGUCAGCCCACAUUAAAGCUAUGUAAAAAUACAUGCAUCACAUGGUAGCUCAAACUCUCGCGGUCAGCAUUACUAUCCUAUUAGUGUUGUUGGAUCCCAAACAGUUAACCUGUUAAACAGCAAGCAGGACACAGGUACUGUAGGAAUGUUAAGCAAAUAUUUCCUAUUACUAGAUUUCUAUAGCAAGUUACAGUAUCAAAUCUGUGUAUACCAGCUCAGCAUGUAAUCCUUUUCCCCCACCCUAUGGAAACAAGUGUGUAAUUUUGUAAAAGGUGGUGAUCAUUCCACUAAAUUAUGUUUCAUUAAUGGAGAACAUCUUGCUCUUGGUACCUCAAAAGAACCUAUCCAAUUACUUAGUAAAUUAUUUCCCAAAUAGUCCUGCUUCAUGUCCAUCUAAAUUCCUUUUGCUUCCAUGGUUUUAGGCAGUGCAUUCCCAAUUCAUUAUUGCUCACUGCAUAAAUGUAUUUUCAUCAUGCCUUUGUACUGUGGAUAUGUAGUCUAUGGUUCACUUCCAUACCCACUUCUUAUUUAGAUGUAUUUUGUUUUUGAUCAGCUUCAUUAAAAUGCCACGGAUCCAUUUGCAACUUUCUCAACUGAUCUGCAACAUUCAAAGAUUUGUUCGUCUCUAUUGCAUUUCCCCUUAAAAAAUGUGGUGUUUACUUCACAUUGACUCAAACCAUUAUUUUUAUUGAACUUCUGACCAACAGGUACAUCUAGAGAUCACCAGGUCAAUAAAAUAAAAGCACAAUAA